UCUGUCCUGCAGAAACACAAAGCUAUUUAUUGCGCGCAGAAGACUCGGGCACGCACGUGUAAAAAAAAUGAAGUCCACAGUUUUGUUCUUUUUCAUCAUUUGGUUUGCAGCUGCAGAGCUAAAACCUCAGAAAGGGGCCGGGGUGGUAUGUACUUUUAAAGACAAGACAUACAAUCCAGGGGACAGCUGGCAUCCUUAUCUGGAGCCUUUCGGAUUUAUGUUCUGCAUGCGCUGUGUGUGCUUAGAGACAGGCCAUGUGAAAUGUAACACUAUCAAGUGUCCUGCUCUGCCAUGUGAAAACCCAGUGUCUGACCCUCAGCAGUGCUGUCCAAGAUGCACAGAUGAACCCAGGAUCCCAGCUGGGCUGAGAGCUUCAGUGAAAUCCUGCAGGCAUAAUGGAAGUAUUUACCAGCCAGGGGAGACCUUCACUAAACACAACCUCUUCCCAUCCAGGCAAAGCAAUCAGUGUGUUAUGUGCACGUGUUCUAAUGGAAACAUCUUCUGUGCUCUGAAAACAUGCCAGCCUAUCACCUGUUCCUCACCAGUUUCAGUUCCAGACACCUGUUGUUUGGUGUGUAAAGAUCAUGGCACCAGUGGGUCCUCGUCAACUGAGGAUGGAAACCAGCAACUGAACAGGGGCGUGAGGCAUUCAGUUGACCAAUGUUCUGGAGAGCAGAUCAGGGCACGGUCUGACCGCGCCACUCCCACCAGGGUCAAGACUUCACCCAGAGGCCUGAGCCUCAGUAAACUUAACCUCAAAGGGGCUUCAGAGACCACUGUGAAGAUUCUGUUGCAGAGGAAACACCAGAGAGCGUGUUUAUACAAUGGGAAGACAUACUCUCAUGGAGACAUGUGGCACCCAGUUUUGGGGAAGGUCCUGGAAUGCAUCCUUUGCACUUGUACUGAUGGUCUCCAAGACUGCAAACGCAUCACAUGUCCUAGCCAGUACCCGUGCCAACAGCCUAUGAAAUCAGCAGGAAAGUGCUGCAAGACUUGUCCAGAGAGUAAAGCUGAAAGUAACCAGACCCAGACCCAGUGCUAUCUUGGAUUUAAAAAUAGCCUCUUGGUGUAUAAAGUAGAAUCACCAAUGAAAGUAGACACACCCAACACUGUUCGGAUCAUCGCUGUUGAAAGGCAGAGCACGGCUGAGGUUGAAGUGCAAGUGUGGAACACCGUAGAAGGUAUUUUACAAUUAAUGGAAAUUGGUGAUGUUCAAAGAAAAGACAUUAUGGAUCAUCCAGAAAAUUACACAUUGCUCACAACACUUGACGAAGAAACAUGGAAAAAAUUUAAAGACGAGGGAGAAAAUCUGAGCAAAGCUCCUCAGACCACGAUCUGUGAAGAUGGCAUUCGGGAGGUGGUGACUUUCCUGAACCCCAAGCAAACUGAAGGCCUGUGUUCACCCUAAUCACCAUAUACAUUCCCAACAUGCCUGACGCAUACAGCAUAUGUAUAUAUAAUUCGUACCGUACAUCUUGCACUUCAUUGUCAUUCUGGUAAGUGGAAUUUCUCAUUUAUAAAGUUUCUUUUGUUUUUGUUUUUUUAUCUAUUAACUGAUACAUCAUUGACCAUGAUGUUUUUAAUCAUCACAUAUUUUACUUGUAAAUCAUUAGGUUACAAAACACAGACUAUAUCAGAGUCUUCCACUGUCUUGGUGAAAAACCUGUUACAGUUCAAACAUAAUUAGAUUUGGUGGACUUAUUUGGAGGCUUGAAACUAAAAUGUGAAUAUUGAGCGUUGCCUCACCCAGUUCUGAAUGUGUGGGUGGAGAUUUGGAAACUCUGACAUUGCUAUGUACAUUUACUGAUAAAUGAUGAAUGACAUUGUGGGAUCAGUAUUUCCAUUUUCGUGAAAUGUGAAAGUCAUCUGUGUUUUUGAAUGUAUUGGACAACGGGCUAUGUUUGGGUUGGAAUGUAAAAGGUUUUUAAGGAUGUUUUUAUCAUCAACAUAUUUAUUGUACAUUUUCAUCACUCUAUUUAAAGUGUAUGGCUCCUGUAUGAUUUCCGUUUCUAUAUGUUUGACAGUGUGAAUGUUUUUUUUCAUGAAGUAGCACAAGUCCAUACAUAAGGGCGGGUGCCUUGAGACUUCACAUCUGUGUAUUGGUUGGUGAGAAAGCAGCCUUUCUUUGUGAUGUCUGAUAUAGGCCUACUGUAGCUAUUUUUAUGCAGCUGCAGGAUUUGGUUUGUUUUCAUAGCCUGACAUUUUAUAACUCUGCAUACUUUAAGUAAUUGUAUUUAACAGUGGAUUGUUGAUGUAGCUGAAUGCACUCUGUAACUCUAUUCACAGUUAUAAACUAUAACUUUUUCUGGA